GUCAGAAUAAGACAAAUCGGACGUUGAUGAUGUGUUUCAAUCAAAGUAUAAAAUAAAUUAAGUUAAUUGAACUUUUAUUAUGAUAAAUCUCUUCUUCUGACCUAAAACUGUUACAAAACAUGAAUUUCAACGCAUCUAGAAACGUCAGUCUUUCAGGUGGUCCAAGGAAGGCGAAAAGAGUUAGUGAUGUUUCUGCUAUGGGAGCUCCUUCACCGGUGCAGCAAUAUAGUCCUAACCCGAUGUACAACCCUGGAUAUCCAGCAGGACCGCCACCGCCGUACCAAGAGGGAAUACAAUUAGAUCAUGGACAAGAUUUUGGUACCACAGAACCAUCUGGAAGUUUAAGUUAUGCAAGUGGGUAUGGUCAAACACCAAUGGCUUCACCAGCCCAAAUUGGUUCCUUUUUGCAACAACCUGCAGUACAGGAUAUGGCUCUACAGUACGGAAACCAAUUAGCCGCUCAGGGUCGAGAAGUAGUACAGCGUGAGAUCGGUCGCUAUGUCCCUGUGUCGCGGCUAAGAUAUUAUUUCGCUGUAGACACACGUUAUGUUAUCAAGAAACUAUUACUAAUAAUCUUUCCAUACACACAUAAGGAUUGGAUGGUUAAAUAUGACCAGGACACACCGGUACAGCCCCGAUACGAUAUAAACGCACCAGAUCUUUAUAUACCUUCAAUGGGUUAUGUAACCUAUGUGUUGUUGGCAGGAUUUAUGCUUGGUCUUCAGCACAGGUUUUCUCCCGAACAGAUCGGAAUACAAGCAUCAAGUGCACUCGCAUAUAUUAUCUUUGAGAUGAUCUUAUAUCUGGUGACAUUGUAUAUUACAAAUACGACAACUAACCUCAAAACUUUGGAUUUACUGGCAUAUUCAGGUUAUAAAUACACUAUCAUGAUCGGCAGCCUCCUUGCUGGCUUGAUACUCAGCAAGACGGGAUAUUAUUGCUGUUUGGUGUACAGCAGUUUUGCUCUGUCUUAUUUUCUGGUGAAAACACUUCGACUACAACUCCUUUCAGGUGCGCCAGGACCUGAGCAACCGAGUUACGGUUACCCGGAAGCUUAUUCCUCACCUAACCCAUAUACUGACAACUGGUCCAAACCUACAGCGGGAGGAACCAAACGGAGAGUGUACUUUUUGUUAUUUGUAGCUAUCACACAGCCGUUACUCUCCUGGUGGUUAACUUACCAUCUCAUACCAAACCAAGUGGUCAGUCUGCCAACACCAGUACGAUAACGAUCAAAAAUCUUCGUAUUAGAGUUUUAUAUGUCGGGAUUCAUUUAUUAUAUAUUUUUGGAUACUGUAAAAACACAUUUAUUUACUUAAAGCUUACAGAUUAAAUAUAUUGGUUUUAUCUGAUUUCAAUUAUUACAUUAACAAGUAUUCUGAGUGCAGUGUCGGAUUAAGCCAGCAAGGGGUCUGUAGCAAAUCCUGUCAAAGCCCUUGGUUUGCUUUAGUUUAGGGUAUUAAAUAAAACAUUUUUUUUUACUCUGACAGUGGAGCUAGGGGCCCCUAAAUUCGAGGGUGGUAGCAUUUGCUACUCUUGCUGUAAGGCUAAUCCGGCACUGAAUAAGUGGAAAUUAUUUUAAAAAUCAUGGGUAACAUGGAAAGCUUAAACUCCUAUAAAGCGUGCUAUAGAUUCUCAGUUCUGACAGUUUUAACUGAACUGUUAAAACUGUGUGUGUAGGCAAAAUUUUACCAAUAAGUUGACCUGUACAGUCUUAAAAUGUCAAUUUGUGAAAUAACUGUUAAACGGUACCUUAUAACAAAAUAACCUAAAAUUUAAUGUUUUAAAGUGCUACUGUAAAAUGGCUCUAGCUUACGUAAUUUUUUUUAAUACUUAUUUUAACGUUUUCAAUGUUUAGUUAAUUCUAUAUUCUUAACUGUUCGUAGUAUAUUGUGUUUUACAGUAACUGAAAGCAUUUACUAUAAUUAAUUUAUUAUAUGUUAAUUAUCUGUACUAAUAUAAAGAGGAAAGAUUAGGCAUUUUUGUAUUGAAA